UAUAUGUCCGUCACCCUAUAGCCGCCGAUGGAGCAGAAGAAGAAACCCUAAUCCCCAAAUCAAAUCCCGUCCCCUCUCGAUCUAUGGUUCGUCCCCUCUUCGCCCGGCGGCGGCCGCCGCCGGAGCACGCCGGCAUAUAUCCUAACUGGGUCCUCCUCGACACCGUAGUGCGCGGGGCAAACUACGACUGGGAGAAAAUGUCAAUCACUGAGUGUUCUUCUUCCUUGGCUACCACAGCCAGAACAUUCGUGGAUGUCAGAAGUGAGGCGGAGUCGAAGGAAGAAGUGGUGGUGGAGGUGGAGGUUUCCUUCUUAUUCGCCAGCCCACCGGAUGUAUCUGGCUUCGUUGUCCAUGUUGGGGAUUACGGGUUGUCGUAUGGUGCCUCCGUCGUUAGCACCGAUGGCAACGCUGUUCUGCUAGCCAUUACCAUGGCAAUGUUCAACUUGCAGCGCUAUCUCGUCUACAGGGUUGACCAAGGGAAUCCGUCACUUGAGGUGCUUCCAGACCGACCUAUGCUGAAAUUCCAUCCAACCAAAGUGGUUGGCAUCCUCAGCCAUGGCAAGGGAUACAUUGUGGCUGCCUUGACGCGCAAGCUCAAAAUUGACUAUCUUGCUUAUGAGCUCUUUCUCUACACAUCCCAGACCAAGGCAUGGAGCAGCAAGGUGAUACCACUGGAGUGUACUAGGGACGCUGACCUGAUUCACGUCCUUAACCACCAUACCACCAAGGUAAUCACAGUUGGAGUGGAUUCAUUGGGGUGGGUUGACCUUUGGCGUGGUAUACUUUUCUGCAAUGUGCUUGAUGAGAAUCCAGUGGUCCGCUUCUUGAGCUUUCCUUGCCCCAUGCCGUCUAAUGCAUGUAACUUGGGAACAUCAUGUCCUAGGCCGUUUAGGGAUGUGAUCUGCAUUGGCAACACACUGAAGUUUGUUGAGGUGGAGUAUAACCAAGGUGAAGAUGAUACUGACUAUGGUUCGAAUACUGACCAUGGUUGGAAGGCGACAACUCAGAAGAGGAAUCUCGGGUCAGGGUGGACUGAAUGCUUUAGUGUAGAUACUAGUGACAUCCAUUUAACCGAUGAAAGUUGGGAUUUGUUGUCACACAGGCUGCGGGAUGAUGAUGCACGCCAACUUUCCUUGAGUAAGUUGGAGUGUUUAGCUCCUACCCUUGGCAUAGAUGAUGACUAUCUUUACAUGAUGACCCGGCCACUUGGAAGCAAUGAGAAGCCAUUGGGUCUGUUUGCUUCUCUUGACAUUAAAAAUAAGGACAUGAGGCUUGUGUCUUUUUCUACGGAAAGGAUGUCAUAUAUUGAUCCCAACUACCGGCCAUGUACUGUUUCACGUUACUUCAACAACACCUCUGUUGCAGGGAAGCCUCUCAAAAGUAAGAACAAGAAAGCUGCACCAAGGUUUAUUAUUGGUGAAAAUCUGAGGUGGAUUGGUUUGGUUAAAUUAGCAGUGCUCCGCAACAUCCUUGUUGCCAUUCAAAAGCUCACGUCGUUAGAUGCAAUACUGAUGAAACCAGAAAGGCCGGAUGAAACACAGCUAGAUCAAACAUGGCUAAGGAAUUGCUCUGCCUCUGUUGAAAUGCUUGGCCAGAUGGCCCAUGGUAUUAGUUCGUACACUGAUCAUUUACCUGCAACCAGCAUCCAAUACCAUGUUGACGCACUUAAAGAAGGGUUUUCUAUUUUGGGUGGUAAGACUUUCCCAUUUAUGGACAAUGACGAGUAUGCAAGUUUUGUCGAUAUCACACACUUCAAAAUAUUGGAUGUCGUAAAAGUGGCGCGCAGCAGUCUUGUAAAAGAAUUGCUGCCUAAAAGACUGGACGAUCCACAUUAUUCGCUCCGAUCUGUGGAACGGACUCUUAUGUAUGGAGAGCUGCCACUGACACCGUAUCUGAGGCGUCUUGACCUGUCAGAAGGAUGUGCUUAGGCGCAUCGCCCUGUCAGAUGGGUGGUUGUAACGGCAAUGCAGUAUGGAAGAGUGACGCUGCUCUGCAAUUUCUAAUCCGUGAACCAUGUAAGCAGGUUAUAUGGUGGACGAUAACCAAUGAAAUCUGGGUUAUUGUUUGUUUUAACUAGCAGCUGAGUUGUCAUGUUCACACCAAAGUUUGAAGCUAUAGUAGUUGGGCUGUGCGCUUCGUUUUCAAGGUGCCAAAUUUUGUGGAGCGUCCAAUCCAAUGAAAAGCUCAUAUUGAACUUGUAUUGUGCGAAACGGUAGGAUAAAAUAUCCUGAGCGUUGACAGUGUUGUUCAUGUUAAUGCAAAUGUUCCGCAUCCUUUGCUGGCUGUUGUUUGAUUCCGGUUCCUUGGUUGUGCGUUGUAUUGCCUUUGUAAAGAAAUACAAGAGCAUUUACCUUCUUACGAAGGGAGUAACUCAUUGUAGCA